AAUACUGAAAAGCGAAAGCUAAUAUCUAUCUUCCUACCUAUUGAAAAUAAUUAGAAAAAGCUCCAGGGCCUCAGCUACACAGAUUACUACUCAGCUACUUUGUCUAGUAUCACUAUGCCACAAUUAAUUACAAUAUUAGAUUGAAUUUGUAUGCAAAUUUUGUGUUGUUUUCUAUUAAAAGAUUUCCUAGGCUGGCAUAGAAAUUGUUUACUCAAAUGAUAAUAUUUUCUGCAGAGCAAUACCUAUUGUUAUUUAAUUAGAUAAGAUAGCAACAAUUAUUGUGAAUGUGUACGUAGACUGAUAAAAUUGUGGAGAUGAUUCCUUGUUAAAGAAAACAUAUUUGAAUUUAAUAGUGCCAAAUUCUUGUUUCGGAGGAAUACCUAACAUGGAACAUUUUGGUUUAUCACAUAUUUUGUAUGAGCCAGAUAAAUACAGUCCCGAUACUUUGGACCUGGUAGUCGACGAAGAAGCUCGAGAAUAUUGGCUCAACACCUGCGAAAAACUUGUAGAUAAAUAUGUGAAUUUUGCACUAACAAAAAAGGAAGAUCCCACUGUUGAAAUAAGAGUGUUGAAAUUUAAAACAUGCUAUAUUGAAGCUUUGAAGGAGCUAAGAAUAAAUCCACUUGCCCAGGGACAGUUAACAAUAAGGUUACUCUUGGACAUUAACGAGACUUGUCUUCGUUCUCAAGGUUUUUUUGAUUUAUGGAAAGAACAAAAGAAAUAUGAAAAUGAAGCUGCUCUUUCGGCACUCGCAGCUCGUAUAGCUGAGAUAGAUGCUUUGCCAGAUGAAAGACAAAAGUGGACAGAAAUUUGCAAGGGAGUCGUAGCCGGUAAUAUGUUUGAUUGGGGAGCUCAAGCUGUCACAUCUAUAUUAGACUGUGGGCUGUAUGUAGCCUUGGAGAAAAUACAAAAAAGGCCAUGGCUAUUUGAUGGCUUAGAAAAAUGGAUCCAAAAAUUAGAGAAUACUGUACAUCACUGUGCUGCUGUCUUUGUGGACAACAGUGGUGUGGAUAUAGUUUUAGGGAUUUUGCCUUUUGUAAGAGCCCUGCUACUUCGAGGCACAUCUGUUAUUUUAUGUGCUAACGAAUGGCCAGCACUCAAUGAUGUCACGUUUGUUGAAUUGGAGGAAACCUUGCAACACGCAUCCCUCAUCUGUCCAGUUAUAGCUGCUUCACUUGCUGCUGGUAACUUAGUUGUUAGAUCCAAUGGUCAAAGAGGUCCUUGUUUGGAUUUAAGAACAAUAAGCGUAGGGCUCAGUACUGAAAUGAAAAAGCGUGGAGUUGACCUAAUUGUGUUAGAGGGAAUGGGAAGAGCACUGCACACAAAUUUCAAUGCGCGUCUCUCUGUAGAUGCCCUUAAAUUGGCAGUAGUCAAAAAUGCUUGGUUAGCUCAACGUCUUGGUGGUCCACUAUUCUCCGUCAUUUUUAUUUAUGAAGACAAACCUGUUGAAACAUAACAUUCUACAGAUUUUAAAAUUUUUGCAGUAUUUUUUUUAUCUUUGAAUCCAGUAAAGUUUUAAAAGUUUUGUG